AUGUGGGACGGGGCCGUGGCACCUCGUUCGGCGGCUCUUCGCCGGCUGCACAAAAACGCACACGCCCGGCGCUGCUUCGUCGGGCCCGACGCUUCUGCGCCGGGGGCGCAAAAUGUUUUUCUCGCCCGCGCGCUGCGCGCGCGAUUUUUUUAUGCUGCCGAGCCUGCGCCAGAUGGUUCGGCGCCCCGCCCCCCUUUGCGCCUCCUUGGCGAAAGUUUUUCGUCGCUCGCGCGCGGCGGGCUUUCAUGUUUUUCCUCGCUCGCGCGGCGCCUUGCCCUUACCGCCUGGCGGUCAGGCGGUAACGCGCCGGGCGGAUUUUUGUCUUUUCAGCUUGGCAAUUUUUUUUCGGGCUUGAAAAAAUUCGGGGCGCCCAUUUCGCCUAAACCUGGCGGGCCCCCCCUCAUUUGUUUCAAGCAUGUGGUAGUUGCGCUCGUUCGCAACCCUCCCGGGGCCAAGAUUUUUUCUCUGUUCCUCGACGCAGCAUUUCUGCGAUUUUUCUUCGUCAGUCUCUUUGGGCCCUUAACGAUGUUGAAUUCCGCACGGGAUAAUUCGGAUUUUUUUUUAUACAAACAGAACUGCGUCUGAUGAUAGGAUCGCUUUUUCCUCCACAGUCGUCGUUUUUCUGAACACAAUUCUUUUGCGGGUUAUUUUCGUCAUCAUGAUGCGCCGAGAAGAGGGAUAGGAAAUGCAAAUUCAACUACACAGCACCAUUCAGGCUAAAGUCGAACGAGUUUGUUCACUUUCCACAGUUUUUUAGUACAUACAAGUAGAAUUUUUACAGUGAGUCUACAUGAGUUGUGAUAAGUUGAGUCUAACAACUUGUACUGAGUUGUUGUACAACUAUUCGAGAAGUGACCCGAAAAAUAGUUGUACAAGCGAGUUAUUUUUUUUUUUACCACAUACUUCUGCGUAAAUCGUUUUGUGCAUUUACUACUACACUAUCCUCCUUUCUCAUACAUUUACAUCUGCAUCUUCAACAAAUCUGCUAUGAGCAUAUUUUCAUCAUCAGCAUGGUACAUGUAAAAUCCUGACAUAAUUCAGCAAACGAAAAUCUUUCGGAGAUUUUCCUUUUUUUCCCUAGUACAAGAAGUAAAGUACAUCAUAGAAGCAUAGUAGUCUAGAGGUGGUGGUCGUGGUGAUAUCCAUGGUCAUCUUUUAGGCUACACAAGGAAGAGUGAAAAGUUUAAGUUAGCACACUGGCGCGGCGCGAUUUAGUCGAUCGAAUAAAGCUCGAAUAAAUACUACGCUAUGAUGAAGCAAGUAGUAGAUAUUUCGAACACGAUCGUCGGACUUUAGGCAAACCCUGCACAGUACAGCGCGGAAGCUAACUGAUAGAAAAUCAUGAGCACUGCUUCUGCUCGCUUUUGCGUGGCUGGUUCCACAGUGGUCAGCACUUAGCGAGUCGUUGCAAUGUUGCCUUCUG